AUGGCUUUCUGUAUCACGUUCGGAACGCAUGAGUUCUCUUCUCAGCUCGAGGGCUACGAGCAUGUACGCGCAUACUGUUACAAUUGCCAACAUUGGAAUGGUCACUGUAUUACCCGAUGGCCAUUCUUCACAGUCUGCUUCAUUCCUUUGAUUCCCCUAUCUACGCACAAGUACAAGGAGGUUCAAUGCUAUACUUGUCGAUACACUCAGGACCUACGUGACCGGCCAGAUAUCACGCCUGAGACGCGGCCUCCGGCAGGCGGGCAAUACGGCAUCCAGCCGCCGCCUCAGGCCCAUGGGGGCUUCCAGCAGCAGCAGCAGUAUCAGCCGCCUCCUCAAGCUCAGGGCGGUCUUGGGUACAAGUGA